UAUGGAAAUAUAAUAUCAACUAAAGCAAUACUGGAUAAAAAUACCAAUAAAUGUAAAGGCUAUGGUUUUGUGGAUUUUGAAUCUCCAGUGUCGGCCGAAUCAGCUGUAAAAGCCCUUCAAGCUCAAGGAGUUCAGGCUCAAAUGGCAAAGCAACAAGAGCAGGAUCCCACGAAUUUGUACAUUGCAAAUCUCCCUCCCUGUAUGGCCGAAACCGAUUUAGAGGGCAUGCUGGCACCGUACGGAACGGUUAUUUCUACUCGAAUCCUACGAGACAGUAACAUGCAAUCGCGAGGUGUUGGAUUUGCAAGGAUGGAAUGUAAAGAAAAGUGUGAACACAUAAUAUCUACAUUUAACGGAAACAUACUGCAAGGGUCCAAAGAACCUCUUCUAGUAAAGUUUGCCGAUGGUGGUAACAAAAGGAGAAAUCAGUAUAAGAAUCAAGAGCAUCGGAUAUGGAGAGAAGGAGAAGGAAUACCUUUAACAUAUGAACAAUCUGGAAUGUCACAAAAUGGGGUUGCAGCUCAACUCGUGGCUCCUGUUCCCGGUUAUCAGAGACAGUAUUCCACACCCGUGUCAUCCUAUCCUCUUCAGCCCGGAACGGCUUGGGUUCCGCAGCAUCAGUACAUUGUUCAAACACCAAUGCAUCAGGUGAGUGGCGUUCAGGUAAUUCCAUCAUCACCACUGGAACAUUUACAUUAUAGCACAGUGCCCCAAUUAGCAGUUCCCCAGUUAACAGCACAGAUGUCUCAACUUCAUCUAUCCGGUACCUCUUACGUGGCAGGCACUCAUCCCGCGUACACCGGACCGGCGGCUCCCGCAGCCCUCUAUCCGCAACAUACGCCACUCGUCCAGCCAGUGCCUCUUUCAGAGGACCCUAUUAGUGCCAGUGUCCCAGUAAGUGGUAACAACAGCGGGACCGAGGACCAGCAACAUCCUUAUCAGGCUUACACUCAAGCCAAGUGACAAUUUAAUGGAUCUGAAUAAAGUAUGUGAAACAAAUCGGCAAAGUGACCGCAGUCCUGCAACCUCAUCACCUAGAAAAAAAAGUGGUUCAAGAUGUCCAUGGCAAGACUUGUUGUUCCGAUGAUCAAGAACGAUGAUUGUUACUUUGUUUUUUCUUGUAUUUCAAAGUGAUGAGAAGUUCUUUACCUUCUAGAUGAAACAGUUUUACAGUUGCAGAGAAGUACCUUUAUUUUAUUAUUGAUCCCAAAGGCUAUUUUUUAAAAAAAAAAACAGUGUUAUUUCUCGAGAUUCUCUACUCGACGCCAGUCGGCGUCUGUUGUUAUUAACUUAGCGAGUUGGCGAACAUCGGUAACGAAGACGAUAAACAUAACAAAAAAAAAAACAAACAAACAAAAGCUAUGGAAAUGGUUGCCAGUGCCCAUCACAUUCCUCGACUUAUAGUAUAUCGCAGCAAGAAGUAGUUUCCCUUUUUUAGAACCGUCGAUGGACGUGGCAGCCAUUUAACAGUAACUUAAACUGUUUCACACACACAAAAAAAAAAAGAAAAAAAUUUAACAAAAAAAAAAUACAGCUUUAGAGAGAGAAAAACGGAGACAUCCCGACCGAGGGGAAUUUUUUUAUGUGAAAACAAAAAAAAAAGAAACGGAAAAAGUGCCACAAAACGCAUCUUGUUUUGAUUAUUUUUUUAUCGUAUGGAAUUUGUGGCUAAUAUUUCUCUCUCCGGUGGCACAGUUUUUUGAUCUUUUUCUCUACUACUUGUUUAAUUACGUAAUCUUGUUUUUUUGAGUUUAAGAAGAGAAAAACGAAAAAAAACACACGAUGUUUGUUUUUAAAAAAAAAAAGAAAAAAACGUGUUCGAUGUUCAGGUUCGUCUAACGGUGGUUGUGAGGAAACAAAUUUUAAAUGUCGUCUCUCGUCUCGUCCCUGGUCCCCCAAUCUAUGUCUACAAUUUAGCAGUAGACUUGUAGACAUAGCUUUAGUAGUAGUUUAGCAUAGCGUGGCAAGAAAAAAAAAAUUACAAAAACAAAAAAAAGAAAAAAAUAAGUUGGCCUCUUUGACUACCUACUAGCGGCUUUCUAAGAAAUUUUACCUUCCAAAAUUGUGGGAUGACGGUUUAAAAGAAAGAGAAGAAACUAAAACAACGUGCGAAAGCGGCCGAAACUGUAGGUACCAAAGAGGUAAAUAUUUGUGGAACAGUUCUGGAAAAAAACACUAAAAAAAAUAAUAAAAAAAAGCCCUUUAUAAUGGUGCUUUGGGUCGAGCCCUAAAGCGGAAAAAAGAACGGCAAGUUGGAAAAAAUAGUAACAACACUAAAGAAGAAGAAAUAUAUUUAACGGUGGUUGCAGUAUUUCCUUUCUGCACUUGAUCCAGUCGCACGGUCUUUAAAAUAGGAAGAAAAAGAAAAUGUGGACAGAAUGGAUUCUGAAGCGAGCGAUCAAGAUUACGAGUUUUUUUUUUUAUUAUUUUAGAAAAUUGUAAAUUAUGAUAUUUAGUGUUUGUGGAGUAACUUAUUAUUGUGUAUAAAAGAUUUUGCGAAGUGUAUUUUUGGAAGAAAGGAGGGUGAAAAAGGCCCAAGCUUCCGAGUGGGUUCGAGAGAUGAUUUUUUUUUCUUGAGUUGGUGCGCCGUUUUUUUUUUUUUAAUUAACGAGCCUAACUAACGGGCACCGCGCCGAUUUGUAUUCUCAUCGUCUUGUAAUUAUGAUUAUUCUGUCUGUGUGAACCGUCGGAGGGACCCUUUUUAUUUUAUUUUUCGUCUUCACGCCAGCGAUGUCUCAACGUCAAGAUCCUCCUGUGCAUUUCUUUUAAUUAUAUUUUCUGUUUCACGUAUAUCGUCCGGAUAUGGAUUUUUGGUGCUCUUUAUUAAAAUAUAAACAAUACGUUCGGGAUCAAGUGGAAAGGAAUGCGUGACGACCUUCCAGAGGCUCAAAACGGCCAUUUAAUAAAGUUUUUUUUUUAAAAAAAUAAAUAAAAAAAAAUUAAAGGGCCUUUGUAUAGAAGACUCUUCCAGUGCAAAAAGUAUGCAUCCGAUUUGAGUGUUUCGUGAAAACAAAACUUCGAAAUCCGAACCCUUCCUAAGCGGGCGCAUCACGAAGAAGCAUUACUACUCCCCAUUUGGAUCAAAGUUUCGGGAAGUGGAGAGAAUGGAUUUAGAUACAAACAAAAAAAAAAUCCUGUGUUCAAGUCAGUCAUUCCUGUCUUCCCUGUAUCGAGAAAUUGACAUUGUGCUCAGGGUUUACACUAUAAUUGUAAGAAAAAAAAAAAUACAAAUUGUUCUUUUGUAAUUUGCCACAUGCCACUAAUAAGAUUUAUCUGCUGGUAGGCAUGGUUCUGACACACAAAAAAAAACUACAAAAACCAAAAAAAGUGGCUGUUAUCGAGUGCUGUACUAUUUUUUUAUUCGUGUGCUCUGUUGGUUUUUAUGAACGGAGUACGUCGAGGCUUAGACGUUAGAUUUCUAUAUAUAUAAGUCUCAAAACUUUUUGUCCUAAGCAGGCUUUUAAUCGUGCCUUGUAAGUAAAUUUAAAUAAUAUCCGAGCGUUUCGAAAGGCCGUUCCGGUGCGUUCGAGUACGACGAAUGUUUUUUUUAAUUUCGGUCGGCACUCGAAGGAACGGCCCGGAAGAAAUUAAUUAAUUAAUUUUUUUUUAACUCGAAAAUACAGGAACAUAUUCUUGACAUUCCUUUCGUUUCUCGCUUGCAAUAUAUAUAAAUAUAUAUAUAUAUAAAGAUUUAAUUGGACGGUAACCGUCGUCGUCGUCUUUGUCGUUCAUCCAAUAAGAGAAAGUGUUUUUAUUACGUGAGGGAAGAGGGGAGUGUUUUUUGGCCAUGGCGCGCGUGCCCGAUAUUUAAAACUAGUAAUUCAUUUACUUGCAGAAUGUGUCAAUGCCUCCAUUUGUUAAAAAAAAAGAAAAUGUUUUUUCCCGUUUUGAUUUCCCCUUUUUGUUUUUUACUUUGCCGAAGUAUCUGUUGGCAGGUUACACAGGAACAUCAAAAAAACAAACCAACCAUUUUGAACAAGUGCCGAGUGUAACUUAAUAACAAUAAUAAUAAUAAUAAUCAGCUCCCGAUUUGAGAAAAACAUUCAAAUGAAUCGAUCAAGUGUUGGUAAUGCUGUGCAUAAUUAGUCUGCGUGGGAAAAAAGAAGAGGCAGCAGGAGAUUUUUUGGUGUUUCGGUCGCGUUUUAUGGGACAUUUGUCACGCGGAGGUGUGAGAAAACGAGGGAGCCCAUUACACGUUGUGUUUUUCUUUUUGUUAAACGAGGCAAAAAAUAAUCAUCUCGGCCAGAAAGGAAUUUACGUCAAGUCGCUGGCAGCAGCAGCGGUAACAACAACAACACCCGGUCCUCCAAAAUCACCAGUUUCUAUUGUUGUCAGAGGAGCCGUUUUUCUUUUUUCCUUCCUUCAAAAAGAAGGAAAACGCAAAAGCACCGACUGCCGUGUUACAGAGCCCAUCAUUGCUACUACUAUUACAACUAUCCGUUUAUUAUUAUCGAUUCAGGUUUUUUUAGGAUUACUUAUACACGACGUUUCUCUCUGGCCGACGUGUUUUAUGCGGCCGGACUUUUUUGAAGAAACGACAGAAACAAGUUUAUUGUGCGUGUGGCGUGCGUGUGUCGAUUGUGUGAAUGUUCACGCGGAAGAAGAAACGACGGCGGCAUCACGGUAAGAAGUUACACCUAAAUAACCAACAAAAAAUAAAUAAAAACAACAAAAGAAGCAACACCACCACCACCUUUCUAAGAACUCGUACUUACUGUGUGUGACCGGGACAUUAAAAAAAAAAGACAGAAAAAAAUUUUUUUCUCCUGUUUUGUUUUUAAUUUUGUACCAGAGAACUAAACUACGAGUAGGAUUCUUUUUUCCUUUAGUGCGAAUGGACACCGAGUGUGUUAAUAUUGUUUCGAAACGGAGUUCCAGGAUUCUAAAGUGUCAUCGUAGGAAUUUUUUAGUAGUGCCUCAGUCCUGCCAUCAGAAGGCUUCCUCGAUCGUGUAUAAAUAAAAA